CUCUCGCCUCCCCUUUUUAUUUCUUUUUCCGACCUUUUCCCUCACUCACCGACUUCCGUCUCGCAUCACAUUUACCACCUUCAACCUAACUCGCCCUCACCUCACCAUACUUCUACCUUUUUCCACCAUACGUGAUACAUCACAGCAAUCUUCCAACUCAAAACAUCAAUCAAUUCGACGAAAAUACAGCCACUAAAUAACCCAUCUUUUACUUUCGCCAAUAACCAAACGCUGUCACAUUGCUGUUUGUUUUCUUUUUUUUUUUUUGUGUUGUUAGCAGCCGACUUAAUACCGCACUACGGACAAGCCACCUCGGGUCUCUUGCAAUAAAACCAACGGCCACCCCACACUCCGUUCUCAACCAACUUGAUUCACCGACUCUCCAACUCGCCACCGCCAUUUCACCAACGAGGCAGAACAUUUUUUUUCAAAGCCGCAUAGUCUGUCGUCAAUAACAAACAACAUUCCGGCUUAUUACUCCAAAUUUCGAACGAUCAAACAUCGCAUUGUAGCACAACACAAGCGACCCAAUCAUGUCUGCCUACUACCAAUUUCAUGCCCACAGCCAACAACCUACACCGUCGGCGCCUGGUCCCGUCUCCCACAGCCAUCAUGGCCCGCGGACUCGGAGGGCGCCGAGGUUAUCGGUGUCGCAAAACUCGCAAAAACAGUUCAGGGGCGUGCGAAGCAUGAAGGAGUUGUCCGAGACGGUCGCAGUCAACAACUUCCGCAACAAGUUCGAGUCGUGCCGAUCUUUUGAUCUCGAGGACGACAUGGAGUUUUGCCCUGGUUUGUUGACUGAGAGCGAUCUCGUCUCCAUCCACAGCUCAUCAUCCGAGCGAUCGUCCUUGGCAAGCAACUCUCCCGCCCACUCACCAACGCAACAGCCGCAACAAGUCGCGUCGGGCUUCUCACUCAACUCUUCGUCUCCGCCCUUCAUCCCGCCAACCUACCAGAGCCAACACUCUGGUAACCUUAAGCUUCACCAGCCUGCCGCCACUCGCGCCCGCAAUGCCAUUCCGAUCAUCAACCCCCUGACCGGAAUCACCAUGGCUAGCCCACCGCCUUCAGUUUCACCCGGAUCCAGGAUGCACCAGACUCUUGGUCGCCGAUGGUAGUGCGCUGCAGUUCUCCUCACUCCUGUAAUGGGAUCGAGGCUGCUUGUUCACUGUCGUCGCGGUUGUUUGCAAUUAGUCUUUUUUUUUUCUGCAAUGACCGUUUGGCGUACCGCUUUAUCAAAAACGCUGGUUCAUCUUGGCGGGUACCGACUUGACAAUUCCAAGGCAUCGAUUUUCACUUCUCCACCACACCUCGGCUGGCAGGGCAUCAUCGCUUUUAGGGUCCAACGACUCUUUUAACAUCUCCGUGUUCCGACAUCCUCCGGAGCACAACCCUGUACAAACCUUUGCUCGACAUACCACCUCCUCUUCUGAUUUUCCCAGCGAAAAUUCGAUUUACCUCAGCGACACGAAGAUAAUCGAUACCUUUCUUUGGCUUCUCGAAAUAUUAUACACCCGGUACUGGAGUACCCCGCUCCGGAAGAUGACGGCUUUUUGUUUUACGAACCGGCGUUCAAACGGAUCAUUGCAUACUUCUCAUCGAUAAUACUAUUUGCAUCGGCGUCAGCACGGCAGGAGUUCAUUGGUUUGACUUUGUCUUUUUUUUAUCUUUUACGGUCGAUUCCCAUUUUGUUGCCCAUACAGGAGCGUGGCGAGCUGUUUUGAGCAUGAUACAUUGGAUUGUGUUUUUCAUGGGUCACGAGUUCAACAAGAGAAAAGAUUCUUUUGCGAAUAGAUGGUGUUCUUGGCCUACGCAAUGGCGCGGGACACUGGUGUUGGGUUCGUCUUUUUUUUAUCUCCUUUUUUUUUCGGAAACCAUCUUCUAUAAGCCGGCUUCAUGUAUUACUUUUGGUCAGAUACAUGGGACGGGUUGGCUUCUGUGUUAAUGUUUUGUCUCCUGGUUUUUUUUCUUUCUUUUCUCGAUCACUACUACUAUUAUACGGGACAAAUAACUGGACAAAGGGUGGGCAAAGAACAUUUCCUUUUGGUGUGUCGAUGCGAGGAUAUCCCCGACACAAAAAAACACCCCGGGAUCAAUUGUGUCGGGUUGGGGCGGACAAGGAGUUGGUGCUUUAUUUUUUUCUUGUUAUUCUCAUCUCUUGUUUUUAUUGAUUCCCUGCAAAUAAGAUCAUGUAUCCUGGGUAGCCGGCGGCGGUUUAACUGUGGUUUUAUCUCGGGUAACGCGUUUAGGUUUCACAAACGACGAGUCUUAUUGGCACUACUUUAU